GCAGAUCCGCAGCUGAAAGGCAUUGUUACCCGGCUAUACAGCCAACACGGAUACUACCUGCAGAUGCAGCCUGACGGCACCAUGGACAGCACGAGGGAUGAAAGCAGCUCAUUUUCACAGUUCAACUUGAUUCCAGUGGGACUGCGGAUCGUGGCUAUCCAGGGAGCAAAGACAGGGCUGUACCUCGCCAUGAAUAGUGAAGGAUACCUCUACACCUCGGAGCACUUCACUCCAGAGUGUAAGUUCAAGGAGAGCGUGUUUGAGAACUACUAUGUUACAUACUCCUCCAUGCUGUACCGCCAGACCCAGUCUGGCCGCUCCUGGUAUAUCGGUAUCAAUCGUGACGGCCAGGUCAUGAAAGGCAACCGGGUAAAGAAGAACAAAGGAGCUGCACACUUCCUGCCUAAAGUUAUAGAGGUUGCCAUGUAUAAGGAGCCGUCUCUACACGAGCUUGCCGCAGAACCGGUGAGCCCUCCUCGAAAGACGGUCAAGACGUCUGAUUCGCCUUCUCUAAAGAAUGGACGGAAAGAAGCCCCCAAGGCUGACGCCUCAUAG